AUCUUGGAAUCAAGCGGUGGGCGGGUGGCCUGUCAGUACGUGACUGGAGGGAGAGCGCACAGGGCAGGGCUGCCGUGCCCCCAGGGGUCACCUGACUGCAGGAAGCAGUGUGAGCCCGACUACUACCUGAACAGGGACGGCCGCUGCACGGCCUGUGUGAGCUGUGCUCGAGACGAUCUUGUGGAGAAGAUGCCGUGCUCAGGGAACUCCUCCCGCGUCUGUGAGUGCCGCACUGGCACGUUCUGUGCCACGUCAGCCACCAACUCCUGUGCCCGCUGCAUCCCCCACACCGUCUGCCCGAAAGGGAUGAUUGUCAAGGUCCAGGGCACAGCACAGAUGGAUACUGUGUGUGAGCGGCCUUCCCCGGUGACCAGCCCUGACCUCGGCACGGGCCCAGAAGACUGCCAGGCGCCCACCAGCGACACCAGCGCCCAGGCCGGGCCCCUGGUGACCUCCUCAGUGAGCUCCGGUGCCAGGACCACGCUCCUUGGAGGGGACACUGCCAUCACCCCCGAAGAUGAUUCCAAAAUGACGGGGGCCCCCGGCUCUCCCUCCUCUGUGAGGAAGCCCAGUCCAGAUCCAGGGCUGACCCCGCAGCCGCCGUGUCCCCAGGGGUCACCUGACUGCAGGAAGCAGUGUGAGCCCGACUACUACCUGGACAGGGAUGGCCGCUGCACGGCCUGUGUGAGCUGUGCUCGAGACGAUCUUGUGGAGAAGAUGCCGUGCUCAGGGAACUCCUCCCGCGUCUGUGAGUGCCGCACUGGCACGUUCUGUGCCACGUCAGCCACCAACUCCUGUGCCCGCUGCAUCCCCCACACCGUCUGCCCGAAAGGGAUGAUUGUCAAGGUCCAGGGCACAGCACAGAUGGAUACUGUGUGUGAGCGGCCUUCCCCGGUGACCAGCCCUGACCUCGGCACGGGCCCAGAAGACUGCCAGGCGCCCACCAGCGACACCAGCGCCCAGGCCGGGCCCCUGGUGACCUCCUCAGUGAGCUCCGGUGCCAGGACCACGCUCCUUGGAGGGGACACUGCCAUCACCCCCGAAGAUGAUUCCAAAAUGACGGGGGCCCCCGGCUCUCCCUCCUCUGUGAGGAAGCCCAGUCCAGAUCCAGGGCUGACCCCGCAGCCGCCGUGUCCCCAGGGGUCACCUGACUGUAGGAAGCAGUGUGAGCCCGACUACUACCUGGACAGGGACGGCCACUGCAUGGCCUGUGUGAGCUGUGCUCGAGAUGACCUGGUGGAGAAGACACCCUGUACGUGGAACUCCUCUCGUGUCUGCGAAUGUCAACCUGGCAUGUUCUGUGUCACACCAGUCACCAACUCCUGUGCCCACUGUGUCACCCGCCCCGUCUGCCCACCAGGCAUGGCCACCAAACCCCAGGGUACAGCUGAGAGGGAUGCCACCCAUGAGCCGCCGCCUCCCCUAGAAGCCCACCCCGAGUGCAGCACCAACCCAGAGGACAGCAAGGCGCCCACCAGCGCCACGGCCUCUCCGGUCUCUGCAGCAGACCCCCAAGGCAGUAAGGAGCAUGGAGGGGGCAACACCCACACCUGGGGAGACACCUUCACAUCAACGAGCUCCCCUAUCUCUUUCUCCUCCACGGGAAAGCCCAUUCUGGUUUCAGGACCUGUGCUCUUCUGGAUGGUCAUGAUCCUGGUGGUGGUCUUGGUCUCCAUCUCCUUCCUCCUGUGCCACUGGAGGGCCUGCAGGAAGUGGAUUCGGCAGAAGCUCCACCUGUGCUACCCUGCCCAGACCUUCCGGCCCACGCUGGAGCCUGUGGAUUCCAGGCCCAGGAGGAACCUGACCUUGAGGAGUUGCAUAUCGGUGGCCAAGCCGGGCACAGAGGAGCUGGGAUUAAUGGGCCCCCCGGCCGUGGAGACCUGCCCCAACGGGGAAGCGUGCCUGCAGAGCAUGCGGCUGCUGGAUGCCAGCCCGGCCGGGAGCCCCCCGUCCCCCAGGGACCUUCCCAAGCCCCGGGUGACCUCAGAGCAUACCAACAACAGGAUCGAGAAAAUCUACAUCAUGAAGGCUGACACAGUGAUUGUGGGGACCGUGAGGACCGAGGUGCCUGAGGGCCGGGGCCUGGCGGGGCCGACGGGGCCUGAAUUGGAGGAGGAUCUGGAAGGGGACCACGCGUACCCCCACUUCCCGGAGCAGGAGACAGAGCCGCCUCUGGGCAGCUGCGGGGACGUCAUGUUCUCAGUAGAAGAGGAAGGAAAGGAGGCCCCCUUGCCCAUGACUGUCUCUGAGAAAUGAGGCCUGGUCUGGGUUGGGGCUGAGAGGGCAGCUGGGUGGCCCCGGAGAGGCCAGGGUGGCAUUAGUGGCACCAGGCUGGCAGCAGAGGCCUGUGUGGCCCGAACUGAGGUUCCGGCAUCCGGUGGAAGACCAGCCUGGGCAGGGGGCUUCUGGUGGUUUCCAGUUGCGCCCCGCCCAGCUGCCCCCCCAGCCCAGACCCCGGGGGAGCCUGGCUCGUGCCGUGGAGACAACCCAGGGGCUGGAUCCGCACGGCAGUGUUGGAGCAGCAGGCAGACAGCAGGGACUGGGCGCCCUGUCUCCCACCCCUGCCAGGAAGACGCCCUCGGAGCCCGGAGCAUCAGACGCACACCGCCAGGGCCGGAGCUCACUGGCGGCAGAGAUUGUGAGGCACAGACCCCUCGGCCUGCUUCUCUCGCCCGGGGCCUCGGGAGCAGUGCCCCCCUGACCUUGCUGCCAUGCCGGCAGCCCCCAGUUACUGUGGUGUGGCCCCCAUGGGCACCGAGCCAGCGCCUGUGGUGGUUUCUCCUGAGUCAGUGGGGAAGCCAAGGGACGAGGCAUCAUCCCCCAUCUUGGCAACAGCUGGCACGCUGUGCUCUGUGCCAAGGUGUGUGCCCAGCCUGGCCUCCUGCCCUGCUAGGGCUGAGCGAGACCCUCCUGGUGCCUCCAGCCCCUCCCUGUGCUGCAGCCCCCACGGUGGGCUGAGGGCCUGGGGUCAACUGUCUCAAAAUGUCCCCACCAGUUCUCCCAGUGGGAAGCAUCUUGGGACCCAGAUGUCUGUAGAUGCUCUGGUUGCGGGGUCCUGCUCCAGCCGGAGACCCCGCCUACCCGGCUGCCCUCCUGGAGAAUGGCCUGCUGAAGGGGAGCCAUGGGCCCUUCCUGGAUCCUUGCUGCUGUGUCCUGGGAAAUGAAGACGCACCUUCCCCAGCUCUGCCACGCUUAUAGAUCCCGGUGGCCCCCCGCCCUGCCCUCGGGCUCCCCUGCUCAGCACCCACGGUGGGGAUAUGGAUGUCAAAAAGUAACGCGGUUUCACCCAGGCAUUCAAAUGCCUUCUUCUGGAUUCUUGGAAAAACAAGUAGUUCAGUCCAGAUUUCAGGAUCUUUGCAAUUCACGAGAAGGAGAAGCUGCCCUAACUUGGGUCCGCUGGCCUGCUCUCCCCGGGGCUUUCAGACUCCUAUAAACACACGAGGGGCCUUGGAGAGGGGCCUGUGGGCAGAGGACAGGUCGGCCGCAGCCCAGGGCAUGGAGUCUCAGCCACCUAGAGGCUCCUGGAAUUACCCCCUGCAGGAGGCCAGGCCCGGGAAUCUGCUGUUUACCCACCAGCCUGCUCACUGUCAGGAGGAAGUCGAGGCUGGGUCAGGAAUCACAAGGGUAGUUUCUGAAACUGCUCAGAUGUUUUUGGGAAAGUUGGAGAGGCUAGGACGCUGACACACAUACCAGAAGCUGGAGAAGUUUACAUGAAAUUUUAGAGACAGCACCGGCACUGUGCCCUGAGCUUUGGCUCUGAGGGGCCCCAAGGACGCCCCACCCUGCCCAGCAGGCCACCCAGCAGGGUUCUGGCAGUCUUGACUUGAAGAUACUGACGCAUGUCUAAUGAAACGGAGCAUUCCCUUGCCCAAAGGCCCCUCACAAAACUUUCGAUCCUCCAAAACUUUUGAUCCUCAGAAAAUUAGUAAGGUCCCUUAAAAAAACUAAUCGUAAGGCUCAGGAAACUAUCUUUGGAUUAAGAGCAUUUGAGAACCUCUGAGCAGGAAGGGUCUGGGCAGUCUCUCUCCCCACAGGACAGGGAGGUCCCUCUUCACCCAUCCGCCUGGCAACCAGCCUCUGGUGACAGGGAGCCCACUAUCUGUUGAGGCAGCCCUUCCUCUGCGUACCGCCUGCUCCCUGGUCCCAGACCUGUCCUCCGAGGAUAUGCAGAAUAAAGCCUCUCUUGUCAUAAGGCUCUCUUUGAGUAUUUGCAGAAAGAGAUCCCUGGCCUCCCCAUGACCUUCUUCCCUCUGGGCUGGGCUGAGCAGCCUCCCAGCUUGGGAAAAGGGGAGUCACAAAGUAGUAGCAUAAACAUGUAGUCUCUGGAGGCGGGGGAUGGAGGGGGCGGGCAAGGGGAAGACGAAGGGGUAAAUGUGAGACUUGGACUUUGGGCCUGAGCUGGGGGGGAACUGCCCCCACAACAGGCAGCCAGCCUGGAGCCCCCCUCUGACUGUGGUUCCCCUGUGGGGUGGAGGAAAGAGACAGAGGGCUGUGGUCAGACUCACCCACCCCAUCCCCAGGACUCCAGCUCAUGUCCAGACCGGCAAAUCAACCCAGCCGUUUAACCAGCGUCUGCCUGCCAUGUGGCUGGUCUGAGAGCCACGGUGAAUUUCCCUGUCUUGACCCGUGAUCAGGGGCUACUUCUGAACCUCUGUCUGUUCUGAUGUCCAGGUGGGCAGACAGGCAAGGCCCCUCCUACUCAGGCUAGCACUUCGUAGGCUGUAAGGAUCCCUCCCGUGCACACGUACAUCCCUCUUCCUGAAGAGUUUGUAUUCGGGGAGUGACGGUAAGUGAUGUGUCCUACGGAAGCUAUUGCAUUCAAAGGAAAUUUAUCAUUUCCCAAGCUGUCUGGUAGGUUGUAAGCUGUUCUAGGUUCUGAGAAUCUGCAAGUAAGGCCAGGGCCGGUCCCCGAGAUGGAACAAGAGGCUUCUGUCUCAUCUCAUCCCUCCCCUGGGUGGGGGGAGAUCCUGAAGACCGGUCACCGGGAACUGGCCUGUUGGGCUAAACAGAAAUGAAAAUCGGUGCUGACAGUGCAGGAAGUGGAGGGCGGGUGGGGUGGAGACUGAGACAAAGUGCAAGUGGGGGAAUAAGGCUUGAUUGGAGGCCAAAGUGAGGAUAUUAAAAGUUUCGAGGUCCACUCCGUGACCCUCCCCCAGGCCCCUCGCCCUGGGCCAACACCCCAUGCUGGGUGCACAUCCUGGGGCCGUGCCCAGGGGCCAGAGGAGCACAGGUCACCAGUGUUUGAGAGCGAGGUGCAGGCAGGGAGGCCUGCCCACUGCUCUCUGGGGCGUGGGCACAGAACAGCAGCAGUGUGCAGGUGGGGAUGGGUCCUGGGGUCAGACCUGGUUCGAGUCCUAGCUCUGCCACUUACCAGAUGGGCACUCUUGGUUAUGUGCCUCUAUCUCCCUAAAGCGAUUUCCUGGUCUUGGAGGUGAAGGUAUCAGUCUCUAUCCAGUAGGGUCAUGGGGUUGCAUUAGACCCCACCUGAUACGUGGAUUGUGCUUGCUGCAUGGAAGCUUCUGUCCUGGGUGCAGCCUGGCUGCCACUUGCCAAGAGCGAGCCCUUCCUAGGCUAGCAGAAUUCAGCUCCUUCCAGCCUACAAACAGGUCACCCUCAAAAGGGCAUUAUAAGUGGUGGUUGGUUCCAGCAAGCCUGUGUUUGCUCUGGUAAGGUUAACCGGGGCUUUCAGGCUCUCCUGGGACCUGGCCUCCCUUGGGGCCAAGUUGCAGUGGGAACCCCUCACAUCAUGGUCAUAGGACUGGGCUGUUUAUUAGAUGUCUGGAACUCUGGGUAUUUGCGAUGUGCUCUGGGUCCCUCUGCAAGGGAUGUCCUGCUCGUGGUUCUAGUGCAUUCCAGGCUGCACUGCAUUGCUACUCAAGAUUUUUUUUUUUUUGAGUGGCCUCCCUCCCUCCUUCUUCCCGCCCUCCCUUCCUUCUGAAAACACCCAUGGUGACCAGGCCCACAUCUAGCUGCAGAGAGACCUAGGAAGGCCUAGGUCUGUCUGUCUAGCGCUCAGACUUGCUGUCCUGGGUCCUGGGUCCAGUGGAUGGAGACUGAUGAGUGUGCACAACUGAUCAGUGAACAAGGUCAUUCCAGGAUUAAUCGCACUGUGUGCUACAAGAAACCCCAAUCUGGAGCCUGUGUCACAGUGUCUGGAAGGGAGGGGCAAUUCUGGCCAGGUGGCCGGGGAAGUCUUCUCUAAGGAGGGGUCCUCUGAGCUCAACCUGAGGUGACAUGACAAGAGGGAGUCUGGGGACCUGGUGGCAGAACAUUCCGGCAAGUUGGGAACAGCAACCACAAAGGCCCUGAGGUGGGAAUGGCCAGGAGAUUCAGGAUGCACGGGACAUCUGGGUGGCUCCGUGCACUGAGUGUCCAACUCUUGAUUUCGGGUCGGGUCACGAUCUCGUGGUUUGUGAGUUUGAGUCCCUCAUUGGUCUCCGUGCUGGUGGUGCAGAGCCUGCUUGCAUUCUCGCUCUCUCUCUGCCUCUCUCUCUGUGCCCUGUGCACUCUCUCUCUC